AGUGACACUAACAGAGCGUAGGGCCUGUCUACUGCACACACACUGUACGAUCUGCGGGGACUUCUGUUCAGAAUUGUGAUAUGAGGCUUACGAGUGGAUUUUAAAGCUGAUUUGAAGCACAAUGCUCAGUGAUGAAAAUGAAGCUCCUCAAAAACAUUCCAAUAAUACUCUUUCUGACAUAUUUCAGCCUGAGUGAAGAGCUUCAGAGAGCACCAAAAAUCAUAACAUUGCUUGAGACAGUGGACACAUCUCUGGAUCAUAAUGCUACUUUUAUCUGUGAGGUUGAUUCAUACCCUCAAGCUGAAAUCACAUGGACACAGAAUAAUUACCCAAUACGGUAUUACGAUUCUAGAUACGUCCUAAGAGAAAGUGGCCAAAUGCUGAUCAUUCCCAAUGUGAAGGGUUCAGAUAAUGGAGAAUAUUGCUGCAUUGCUAAUAAUGGGGUUGGACAAGCAGCGAAGAGCUGUGGAGCUUUACAACUGAAGAUGAAGCCACAAAUCAAAAGACAUCCUACAAACAUGACAUUGCUUCUGGAGUCAAAGGCUGUGCUGCCAUGUGUAACCUUAGGAUAUCCUAAACCAGAAAUAUCAUGGAUUAAAAAUGAUGAUUUGAUAAAGGUUAAUAAUCGUAUAUCAGUUUUGGAAUUUGGUGCCCUAAAAAUUAAUAACAUAAAGAAAGAGGAUGCCGGGCAGUAUCGCUGUGUGGCCAGAAAUAGUUUUGGGGUCGCUUUCUCCAAACCAGUUACCAUCGAAGUACAAGCUCCUGCCAAAAUACUAAAAGUUCCCAAAGAGAAGAAAGUCCAGAUCGGAUCAGAAGUUGUGUUAGAGUGUAACGCCACUGGCAACCCAAUCCCUUCUAUAACCUGGCUUGAAAACGGCAAUACGAUUUCAGGAGCAUCAGUGGAGGAGACACUGGUGGAUGAGGUCAUAGUGUCUGUUCUCCGUGUGGUGGUGCAUAAACCUGCUCUAUACACCUGUCGAGCUACUAACCAGCACAGCGGAGGAGCCAACACCGUUAAAGCCACAACAAAAAUAACUGUUACAGAAUGGAGACUGUACAAAGGCAAUGCUGGUUACUGCAGUACAUACAGAGGUGACAUCUGUCGGGGUCUUCUCCGGCAAGACGCUCUGGUCUUCUUCAACUACUCUCUGCCGAACCCAGAGGAUGCGCAAGAGUAUCUGGCUCAGAGCAUGUGGGGGGAGCUGGAAGGUGUGAGUUCAUUCUGCAGGCCUGCUGCGAGAUCGCUGCUUUGCCAUGCAACCUUCCAGGACUGUAAUCCCUCUGGACUGGGACCAGCACCUAAACCUGUCUGCAGGGAGCACUGUCUGGCAGUGAAGGAGCUGUACUGUUAUAAGGAGUGGCGUUCUGAAGAGGAAAGAUCUCAUCAAGGGUUCCCACAUAGCCUGAGCAUCACUCUCCCAGAAUGCACCACUCUACCCAGCCAGCAAACAGACCCAUCCUCAUGUACAGCUGUUCCAUAUGUUGAUAUUAAGAAAGACCAAGUUACAACAACAUGUUACAAUGACAGAGGACGGUUUUACCAAGGAACCCACAACAUCACAGCAUCUACUAUUCCCUGCCAGAGAUGGAACCAACAGGAUCCUCAUCAACAUCGGCUCUCUGUAGACGUGAUUCCUGAGUUGCGAAAUGCAGAAAACUACUGUCGUAAUCCAGGAGGAGAGAGUGACAGGCCAUGGUGCUAUACCACUAGCCCCAGUGUACGCUGGGAGUACUGCUUAGUGCCCAAAUGUGGAGAAGUUCCCAGUGUGAAGACUGCACCCUCAAUUCCAAAACCAGUCCAGUUCUACCCACCCCCUCCUGCGUCCACAGCCUACUCGAUGAGUGUUAUCAUCUUUGUAAUUGCUGGCUUUGCUGGGGCAGCCUUCUUCACCAUACUCGUCCUCAUGUGCCACAGACGAAAAAAAAUGUGGAAAAAACAAAAAAGUAGGGUGAUGGAGACCCCCACCUUGACGGCUCUCCCCUCUGAGCUCCUGCUGGACAGACUUCACCCCAACCCCAUGUACCAGCGUCUGCCUCUCCUGCUCAACUCCAAGCUCCUCAGUCUCGAAUAUCCACGCAACAACAUUGAAUAUGUCCGUGACAUUGGAGAGGGGGCCUUCGGGAGGGUCUUUCAGGCAAGAGCUCCUGGUCUUCUACCGAUGGAGCCGUUCACCAUGGUAGCAGUGAAGAUGUUGAAGGAGGAAGCUUCGGCCGACAUGCAGAAUGAUUUUCAGAGAGAAGCCGCCCUCAUGGCUGAGUUUGAUCACCCCAACAUCGUCCGGCUUCUAGGAGUCUGUGCUGUGGGAAAGCCCAUGUGUUUGAUGUUUGAAUACAUGGCUUAUGGGGACUUAAACGAAUACCUGCGACGGCGCUCCCCAUCACAGCAGCCCAGUUUAAGUUGGGGUAGCCUGACUUGCAGCAGUCUUGCAUCUGAACCAGAGCGUUACCCGCCCCUCAGCUGCCUCGAGCAGCUCUUCAUUUCCAAGCAGGUGGCGGCAGGCAUGGCAUACCUGUCUGAGCGCAAGUUCGUGCACCGUGACUUAGCUACCCGCAACUGUUUGGUCGGAGAAAACCUGGUUGUGAAAAUUGCCGAUUUUGGUCUCUCGCGCAACAUCUACGCGGCUGAUUACUAUAAAGCCGGUGAGAAUGACGCCAUCCCCAUCCGAUGGAUGCCACCUGAGUCCAUCUUCUACAACCGCUACACCAGCGAGUCUGAUGUGUGGGCUUACGGAGUGGUACUAUGGGAGAUAUUCUCAUAUGGUAUGCAGCCCUACUACGGCAUGUCCCACGAGGAGGUCAUCUACUAUGUACGGGAUGGAAAUGUUCUUACCUGUCCAGAAAACUGCCCACAGGAGCUGUAUAACCUUAUGCGUCUUUGCUGGAGUGGCUAUCCAACCGAUCGACCUAGUUUCGCAAGUAUUCACCGCAUCCUGGAGAGAAUGCACGACCAGAUGCUCAAAAGUGGCCUCUCUUGAGAAACUCUAGACCAGGAAUCUCUGCAAGCAGAGACAUACAAUAUAAUAUAUGCCUGGUGUAAGUCCUUUCCUUUAGUUUUUUUUUUUUUUUUUUUUUUUUAAUCUGUUUUAAUUUUAGUUGUGAGUACCAUGUAUUUAAUUAUUGUUUAGUAACAUUUAAAAAAAAAAAAUCAUCAAGAACAUGGGUAACACUCUACACUAAUAUUCCCUUUGUUAAGGGUUUAUAAAGAGGUUCAUUAGUUACUAAUUCAUUUACAAAUUCAUUAUAAAUCAUUGAUAUACAGUUAUAACAACAUGAAUAAAAAGGGCCAGCUACUUGCCUAAUAGUGAGCCAUUUUACCUCACAUGUUAUAAAUACUCAAUAAAUACACUUAUUCAUACUUAUAUUAAUAAAAAGCACAUAAAAUGUCCUAAUUUGUAAUGCAACAAAUGUAAAUGUAAAUGUAAUUUAUGAUUUAUGUCACAAUGGAGAAAACAGAUAACUAUGGUGAGAUCAAAAGGAGGGAUUAUGUCAUUUUGAUACAGUCCGCUUUGUGCUUACAGUAUAUUCAUUACUGUAAUGUCUUCACUCACUUUGUGUUGUCUCUUUCCUUGUCACAUUGAUGUAACAACCUGAUGUCAAAAAUGGUGCUACGUUUAUAUUACAUUUAUUUAGGUUAUUAAAGGUGCAUUCGGUAAUUUGGGGUAAAUUUAAAAAGUUUCACACCUUAACAAAUGAAUUGUGUUUUUGUGAAGAGUGAUCUGAAUGGUGUACACUCACAUGAGAUGAAGACUGUACUCAUAAUAGUUGUCUAUAAAAAGUGUUUUUAUUAUA